AAUCGACCCCCACUCACAACUGCACAACUCCAUUGUCUUCCCUACUAAAACUCUUAUGCAGCUACUCUUAUAGCGUAUAAAGAUAUGGCACCAUCCACUAACAGUGUCUGCAUAACUUUUUUUAUGAUGCAAUCCCGCGUCCUGUCAUCCUCCCUUCGAUUAUUCACAACCCCCGCCACUUGUGAAUUGAAUUCCUCCCUGCAAAGGCUGCAGGUGCAACCCACACACCACCACCUAGAACAACUCAUCCUUUCUCAUUUCUCAACUACAACUAAUAAUAAUCCACAUUCUUCUCAAACAUAUGCCACACUCUUCCACGCCUGCGCCCGCCUUUAUCGUCUUGACAUUGGCCAAAAACUUCACAAUCACUGCAUGCUUUACCAUGAUUUAUUUGCACCUCAUCAACAACUCUACACCAUCAAUCAUCUCCUUAACAUGUAUGCUAAAUGUGGUGAUCUCGAAUAUGCACACCAACUGUUUGAUCAUAUGCCCCACAGAAACAUUGUUUCUUGGACUUGUCUAAUUUCCGGUUACGCUCAGUAUGGAAACACUGAUCAAUGUUUUCGCUUAUUGUCUAACAUGUUAGUUCAUUAUAGACCUAAUGAUUUUGCUUAUGCUAGUGUUCUAUCUGUUUGUGAUAGCGGCUCCCUGUGUGGUAGGAAAGUACACGCGCUUGUAAUCAAAACAGGUUUUGAUUCAUGUGUUUAUGUGUGUAAUGCUUUGAUUGCAAUGUACUCAAGGAAUAGUGGCGGUACUGAGGCUUGGAAGGUUUUCAAUGAUAUGGAAUUUCGUAAUAUUGUAUCAUGGAAUACCAUAAUAGCAUUGUUUCAAAUGUGUGGACAAGGUGAUAAGGCUAUGAGAUGUUUUUCCUUAAUGCAUCGUGAUAGUUGUUUGGGAUUUGAUCGCGCUACUCUUGUUAGUGUACUUUCUUCUUUAUUAGGAAUGGAUGGAAUUGAUUUUUCCUGGGGUCUUCGAAGUUGCUUCCAAUUGCAUUGCGUUAGUGUGAAAACCGGGCUUAUUCUAGAUGUUGGGAUUGUGACUGCUAUGGUGAAAGCUUAUUCAAUUCUCCGAGGAGAGGUUGGUGAUUGUUACAAAUUAUUUCUGGAAACAAAUGGAUGUCGAGAUCUCAUGUUGUGGACUGAAAUAAUUGUGGCGUUUUCGGAAAGAGAUCCUGAGAAAGCUAUUCUCCUUUUUGGUCAGUUGCUCCGACAGGGGUUAAGUCUAGAUAGUUAUGCUUUUUCUAUUGCACUGAAAGCUUGUGCAGGACUAGUGACAGAUAGAAAUGCCUUGAUGGUGCACUGUAAAGUGAUUAAAUCUGGUUUUGUGGAUGCUCUAGUACUUGGGAAUGCAUUAAUUCAUGCAUAUGCGAGGUGCGGAUCAGUAGCUCAGGCCAAUCAGGUUUUUGAGGAGAUGAGAUACAGAGAUAUAGUGACAUGGAAUUCAAUGUUGAAAGCUUAUGCAUUGCAUGGUAAAGCAAAUGAAGCAUUGGAACUUUUUGGUAAAAUGGAUGUCAAACCUGAUGCGGCCACUUUUGUUGCUCUGCUCUCAGCUUGCAGCCAUGCUGGAAUGGUGCAAGAAGGGAUUCAAAUUUUUGAUGCUAUGUUUGAAAAAUACGGUAUUGUUCCUCAACUCGAGCAUUAUGCAUGUAUAGUUGAUAUUGUUGGCCGAGCAGGUCAUAUUUUUCAGGCGGAGAAAAUAAUAAAAGAAAUGCCCAUGCAACCAGAUUAUGUGGUGUGGAGUGCAUUUCUUGGAGCAUGCCGCAAACAUCGUGAAUCUGGGCUCGCCCAAAUAGCUGCAUCUCGGUUGAAGGAGUUAGAUCCAGAAAAUUCAUUAGGAUAUGUACUCAUGUCAAAUGUAUACUGCUCAGCCCAUAGCUUCAAUGAAGCAGGUCAUCUUAGGAAGCAAAUGAGAGGGCUUGGUGUUACGAAGCAGCCUGGAUUGAGCUGGACAGAUCUUGGUUAAGGAGUUAGAUCUUGAAAAUUCAUUAGGAUAUGUGCUCAUGUCAAACGUAUACUGCUCAGCCCAUAGCUGCGAUGAAACAAGUCAUCCUAGGAAGCAAAUGAGAGGGCUUGGUGCAAAGCAGCCUGGAUAUACUGAGCUGUUGGGGGUUUGGUGCAUGAGUUGCCUGAAACUGUUGGGGUUUUGGUGCAUGAGUUUGCUUCCAUACACCUGAAACAUCCGACCAGAGAGCUAUAUGGAGGAAUUUGUGAAAGAACUGAAACAUAUUGGUUAUAUUACAACAAUAACAAUAACAUACCUAGAGUGAUCCCACGAGUGAGGUGCGAGGAGGGUAGAGUGUACGCAAGACCGAUCCUCCGUAGUUGAAGCUGAAUCGAGAACAGGGACCAAUGUCUCAAAGAAAGAGGUUAGAUGUGGCAAAUCAGUUGUCGUCCCUCAAAGAAAGGGAAUCAGUGAAUCCAAAUCAAGGUACAAAGAAGGCUUAGUUGAAGGGAAAAUUCGGUGUAAUUUGCAAUUUUUUAAGAAAAGAAAAGCAGGGUAGAAAGUCUUGCUUACUUAUUUCUCCAUCUAAAAGGAGACAUGACCCCACCUUGUGCCAGGUUGAGACGCCACAAGGUAGAGAGGUCGUUUCCAAUAGACCUUCGUCUCAAGAAAACCCGUUUUCAGAAACAGGUUUGAAAGAUGCAAGAGUGAGAAGCGCUGCAUGACAUACAAAAUGCAGAAACAAUGAUAACUUGUGACUAUACAAAAUGCAUAAAAGAGGCAAUCGCUCACAUGUAUACUUCUAAGUUCUGAAAGUAACUUUAUGCCUCUGGGUUAGGAUCUGUCUCAAUUUCUUGAGCCAAUUACCUUGUCAACAUAACAUAUUGGUUACAAAUUUGGAUAUAUUUGCAUAAA